ACGUGGUGAUCUUUAACAAGAAGACAAACAAACGGAUAAGAGCGGAGCCGAGCUGAGCGGUGUAGACUGUCUUUCCCGUCGCUUAAGAUAGUCUAAAAAAUUUUCAUGUUCUGUCGGAAUGGCAACAUUACGCACUCCACUGCACAGUAGCACCACUCCUUUUGGUUUCACUUUCUCAUUCCAUCUCCCUCUUGCCGCAAAGUCAAACGGGCCACUAAUGAGGUGCGCAUUGUCACGCCCCGAAUGGCGGGAGAGCCGCCGAUUGGUCUCCUUCUCUCUCGCCCUUUCACACUUGCUUUUUCUCCCUAAUGAUGCUAAUGCAGGCGGCUUAUGGGAUAAAUAUGUGAAAAAGAAAAAGCUUGACCCACUACAGGUUUAUGUGCCCCCUGUUAUACUAACACAGUUUCAGAUUAAGGACUUAGAGAAAACUCUGGAGGUUGAUAAGCCAGAAUAUGCUAGCUGCCGUUCGCAACUACGUUCUGGCCCAGCUGGAUCUUUACGUGUAAAUAUUCGUGCUGUAGCACAGUAUGCUUCAGAGGCUGGAAAUGGCAAAUCUGCUUUCAAUGAUGUUGACCAAUGUCUCAGGGCCUUGGAAGAUCUGGAUUCAUUGCUUCUGCGUGCGUCUAGAAAUGAAGGAGAAACUUCCGUGAAAUCAAUGAAGGCAAAGAUUGUCACUGCUCUUAGUGCACUGGACAGUCUUCUUCAAACUGUCCCCUCUGAAGUGUUAAAUAAAGGAAAAGCUAUGGCUGAUGCUUAUAGACGCGCAAAUGGAGAGGAAGAAGGGGAAAUGUUGGAUCCAGAAAUUAAGAAGUUAGAGUCAAUACUGUAGAUUCAUCUGCAUAUUUUGGUGACUGAUCAAGUCUCUUUAUUAUCUUUUGUGAGGGAUGAUAUAUACAGGUGGUAAAUGGAUUAAGCGUUGCAUAAUGUUCACUCUUAUCAUAGUAUGAAUGAAUACGAAAGUUUUACCACUA